CUCUUUUCUCUCUCUCUUCCCGUGAACUAAUAGCAAUAGCAAUAGCAAUAGCAAUAGCAAAAGCAGCCAGGCCAGCUACAUUGCAUUUGCCUUUUUCUCUCUUCCAAACUUGAACCUUUUCCCUUUCACUCCAGACACACACACAAUCACAAUAUUCCCUUUCUUGUGAGGUCAUUAAUUAAUAAUUAAUAUUUAAUGAAACUGUGAAAGUUUAGCUUCAGCAUGUCGAAGAAGGUGGGGGUGGUGGGGGACGCCAAGGCUGCGGCGGAGUUAGCAAUCAACGCAAUUGGCCUGGGUUACGACCUCGCCGCCGAUCUCAAGCUAAAGUCCUGCAAGACCAGGCUGGUCCCCAUCGACCACCACUCCCUCCGCACCGUCGACCUCCCCGGCCGCAUCACCAUCCCCAAUGUCCCCAAAUCCAUCAAUUGCGACAAAGGCGAACGCACCAGAUUGUGCUCCGAUGUACUCUCUUUUCAGCAGAUGUCAGAGCAGUUUAACCAGGAGUUGUCACUGUCUGGAAAGAUUCCAACAGGGCACUUCAAUGCUGCAUUCGAGUUCACAGGAGCAUGGCAGAAAGAUGCUGCUAGCACCAAAAGUCUUGCAUUCGACGGGGUCUCCAUCGCCCUCUACAACUUUGCACUUGAGAAAACUCAGGUGGUGCUUGGUGAUUUUGUCAAGCAAGCUGUUCCUUCUUCUUGGGAUCCUGCUGCAUUGGCAAAGUUUAUUAACGAAUUUGGGACCCAUGUAAUAGUCGGGGUGAAAAUAGGAGGAACUGAUAUAAUCUAUGCAAAGCAGCAGUACUCAUCUUCUCUACAACCUGCUGAAGUGCAGAAAACAUUGAGGGAGAUGGCAGACAAACUCUUCGUAGAGCAAGCUGGAUUGAAUAAGUUUGAUGAUGGGCUUGGUUUCGACAUUCCAUCUGCAUCAUAUUCUGAAUCACAGGUGCAGGAUACCAAGUUCAUGUGCAAGAGGAAAGGUGGAAGUCGCAAAAAAUUUCUCUCCCAUAAUGAGUGGUGCCAAACUGUUUGGUCCCAACCUGAUGUAAUAUCGAUGUCAUUCAUACCAAUUACAUCACUACUUAGUGGAAUAAACGGGAGUGGAUAUUUAACUCAUGCAAUAAAUCUCUAUCUACGAUAUAAACCACAGAUUGAUGAACUGCAUCAGUUUUUGGAGUUCCAGCUUCCAAGGCAAUGGGCUCCUGUAUUUGGUGAACUAGCCCUUGGUCCUGAAAGAAAGCCACGGAAUAGUGCAUCACUGCAGUUCAGUUUCAUGGGUCCGAAGCUUUAUGUUAACACAACACCGGUUGAUGUGGGAAAGAAGCCUGUGACAGGCCUUCGGUUGUAUUUGGAAGGAAAGAGAAGCAACUGUUUGGCAAUCCAUCUACAGCAUCUCUCAUCGAUGCCCAAGACCUUCCAACUUGAAGAUGAGCCUAACGGGAAUGUAUCUGAUGUGUCCUUGGAAGAACGCAAAUACUAUGAGAAGGUCCAGUGGAAGAGUUUCUCCCAUGUUUGCACAGUCCCUGUUCAGUCUGAAGAUGACACCUCAAUUGUGACUGGCGCUCAUUUCGAAGUUGGAGAAGCUGGUCUGAAAAGUGUUCUGUUCCUAAGACUUCAUUUCUCCAAAGUUGUUAAUGCAACCCAAGUGAAAGCACCUCAGUGGGAUGAUCCUCCUGGCUUCACUCAGAAAUCCGGAAUAAUUUCAACUUUGAUCAGUACUCACUUCUCAGGUCCUCAAAAACCACCGCCGCCACGACCAUCGGACGUAAACAUCAACUCUGCUUUAUACCCUGCAGGACCUCCGGUGCCCACUCAGACACCAAAACUUCUGAGGUUUGUUGAUACAACAGAAAUGACAAGAGGACCACAAGACUUGCCUGGGUAUUGGGUUGUCUCCGGUGCAAGGCUUGUGGUAGAUAAGGGUAAAAUAUCUCUGAAAGUGAGGUAUUCUCUUUUAACGGCCAUUUUACCUGAUGAAGAGGUGGCAGGUUAUUGAAAAAUAUCAAAUGGGGUUUGUAUAUAUAAUGCAUGAUUCUUUUCCAUUGUACAUUUGCCUCCAUUCAUUAUAGGUUACUUACUAGUUGAUCGUGUUACCAUUAUUUGUGUAUACCUACACUUUUGGGGGGGAUCCUUGUAGUUUUUGAGAGAAGCUUGUGUAGUGAUGAACUGAUGAUGCCUGGAUGUUUUGAGUGUAUUUCUUUUGUGUUGGUGACCGUGGCUUCUUCAAGUAGAUAGUGGUUCCAGUUUUAUCAAUAACUUUGAACAAUGGAAGGAUAUUUAAUUCUCAUUUUAA